GAACAUGCAUGGAGCUUCGAAUGGACUUUUGUUCAGUCGAUGGGGUAAUGACGCCAAUGGGUUUGUCGUGACCUUUUGUCGCAGCCCGUUCGUUGACACGAAUAUUGAUAUUCACAAUCACAAUGUACUAUUUUGCCUCUUCCUGCUGACAUGCAGCGAGCGAAGCUUUGUUCUCAAUCACCUUUGACGCCUUCAAAUAAGCGGGCAAAGUGCAAUGGCAAUGGCUGCAAUGAGCCCUGCCCAGUUGCGAAAUUGUGCCAUGACGCAAUUGGUGGAUUUUCAGCUACCUUGGCAUGGGGGGCAUCGGACAGACGAGUGCAAGUCUUCCACAUGUUUUGCCUCCUUUGCGUGGGCUUUUACGCUAUACUCUUACCCUGGGUAAGACCAGAGUGGCUGGAGGACAACAUUAAAGCAGAGGCAAACAAGGUUGGCAACACCGUCGAGAAGCAGAAGAAUAUUUUCCAGGUUUCUGUUGUUGUGCUUGCAAUUUUGAACUUUAUGUGCCUGGCAAUGCUAGCACUUGCAUCACGUGCAAUGAAGAGUGAAUCAAUCUCGAGGCUUGUUGACGAACAACUGGUCAAUGGGAAGUUUCGGGAUCAUUUCCUCAAAGACCUCCGGAAAAGCUACAGCAUCUCAGUGCUGCUGCUACUCUUGGUGGUGCUAAUAUAUGGCAUUCUAAGCCGGCUUUCGCAACUUCCUCAUCCAUCAGCCUUCGUUUUGGGCUGGAGUCCAGCUUUUUUUUCUGCUUGGGCGCUGCUGCAGCUGCUUACCUUCAUCCGACUGUUGGCUUCGCUAGCCAUGAACAAAGUAGAAUGCUUCUACACCGAGCUUGAAUCUGUAGGCAAUGGCUGUUUGGAAGCUCAUAAUUUUGCCAAGAGUAUGCUUCCUGGACAGUGGUUGCACCUUCUGCGAGAGCACCAAAAAUUGCUCCGCCAUUUGAAAGCAAUGUCCUCAGCGAUCUUUGCCACCGUCUUAGUUUUCCAAAACGUGGUUGCAGGCUCGAGUUUGCUGCUCAUGUGGGUCGCACGGGCAUACCAAAAAGAUGCUGUACCAUCCACAGGCUAUGUGCUCCUGGCCUUCACCCUGAUGUGCUCUGGCAUUUUUGCUAUGCUGCCCCUCGCCUUCAUCACUGAUUUAUGCCAAUCUCGUAGACUGGGCAGACGCUCACUGCUGAACCUGGCAGACAAGUACAGCGGCUGGCCUAUGUCAGCUGAAGUGCAUGCAGAAUAUAUGCGUUUCAUGCAACACAUCAUCAUGGCAGAAGCAGGAAUCUAUCUUCCGAAUAUGGGUAUGGUGACGCGGGCAUCCUUGUCAAACCAAAUCAUGUUCUACGUCAAGGUCCUUCCGCUGGCUUUGGCUCUGACUGUGGGCUGGUGGCGGCGAGGGUGAGCAUCUACAAGCAUUGCAGCCUUGCAUGAACUGCAUGGAAGGGUUCUUGAGCAAAAUUAUCGUAUUGUUUGAGACGACAAAACUGCCGUACGUGGAAGUCCGAAAGUUGACUUCGUGCUGUUACUGUAAUUACAUGAUUGUAAUACUGAGCAGAGCUCUCCAGUUGCAUCAGCGGAGAAUUGAAACAAGGAGUUUUUGAUACAGUACCCUCCAAGCACCCAUUGCACUGUCUCAAGCAUCUUACAAUGAGUUUGUAGGUAUGAUUGUGUCAGUUUGAAGCAGGGUAUAUUAACUGCUGUAUUUUUUUGGACUGUAAUCAAUAUAAUAGCAAAAAAACAACUGCAUGUCCAAGCCUUUUUACAGUAAAUGACUUCUCAAACUGCAAUUUGCAGAGAGAUGCCUGGCGGAUUUGGGCUGUUUAAAGUAAAGAUACUGUGCUUCAACACAUUCAAUACCGCGCUGAAGAGUCUAACAGUCCAACACCUGCGGCUUCGUGCAAAGCACACCAUCUCAGAUCACGACCGGACACUCUAGCUCUUCUUUGUAGCAUACGAAGCUGACGACGAAUACGUUUUUGGUUUUACUGUAAUUUGAUGUAAUUUGGAUCAAAUAUCGAGUUGCUUUCGCAUGACGUGGUUGCUUCUGUUUUUCGGCUCGACAGUAAGAGACUUGCUGAUGUGUUUCCUGGGUUGCGACGAAUGCUCCGAAUGCAUUUUACCCAGCCUGGCCUACAGAUGAUCGUAACGAGUAUACCGUAAUAUGAUGUGAUAUAAGGACGCUACUAGUAGCUCCUGGCCUUACUACUAGGAACAAGAAGCUACUAGGGGCUCCUGGCAUCGCUACUAGGAGCAAGGACGCUACUAGUACUCACUCUCCUGCAAGUUGCAAAUCGGGUGGAAAGUAGCUGGAGCUGCGGUCUCCAUGUGUUGAUUGAUGUGUAUGCUCACACGUCCCCAUAGCUCUCGUAAAUCACCCACCCAAUGCGGUACCUUUUUGAUUUGCAGAGUCUUCAUAGUCACAGUCAUAGUAUGUCAUAGUCAUAAUCACCAUCGCGCUCUGAAACUAGCAGACUUGAUGGGGGCAGUCGCUUUUCCUAUCCCAUGCGCCCAGGAUGAAUUCUGAAAGCCGAACAACAUUCUGGAGGGCUGAGAUAGCAAUCAUUUCCUAUCGCACAUUGUAUCAGAAGUCCUAACUCUUGGCUUUACAUGUACUCUAUCCACACAUGAGUUAGGACAUUUUGCACUGGCCCAUUUGCUUGUGGCCUGAGUCUCAACAACUCCUUCUAGUACUAGGGCAGGGAACACAUGUGAUGCCGCAUAUGGAACAUACAACAGCUUGGGAG